GCAGUUUGGGCCUUACAUCGUUUUCACCGUAAUGCGCUCUACUUACGCAGUUACCGCGUGGGAUCUUGGGGGAACGAGAAGUCGUGAAUGAGAGAGAGCAGCUAGAUUUCGAGUCUGUUGUAUUUUUGUUGUGACAGGCUGAUUUCAGUGUUUCACUUAUAGAUUAUACGAGAAAUGCCACCCAAAGGAAAAGGUGGUAAGGGUGGGAAAGGGGGCGGUGGCGGUGCCUCUAGUAGUGGAGACUCGGAAAAGAAAGAGAAAGCACAGAAAGGAGGCACUGCUGUCAAGGUCCGUCAUAUUCUUUGUGAAAAACAUGGAAAAUGCAUGGAAGCUAUGGAAAAAUUGAAAUCCGGUGUACGCUUCAGUGAAGUUGCCACACAAUACAGUGAAGACAAAGCCAGACAAGGGGGCGACCUGGGCUGGAUGACAAGAGGAUCAAUGGUGGGCCCAUUCCAGGAUGCUGCAUUUGCCUUACCAGUCAGCACCAUGGACAAACCUGUAUACACAGAUCCACCUGUUAAGACGAAAUUUGGCUAUCACAUCAUCAUGGUUGAGGGAAAGAAAUAACUGAACCUGUGGUUUGUCAUCAUGCGUUAGAGAUCUAACAGUGCCCCACUGUUAAAUAUUUGAUUUUUGAGUUUAUUGUGUUGUUUAUUAAUGAGACUUGCGGCAAGAUUUUGUUUAGAGGAGGUGUAAGAAAGAGUACAAAAUAAAAUGCUAUCAUGUAUUAUUGCAGGUAAA